AUGAAUGCAAUGGUGCAGACGCAUGUGUGCACAGGAAUUCUGGUGAAACCAGGUCUGGUAGUUGCCCCAGCAUCUUGUGUUACAAAGGGCAUCAAGGAUCAAGAGAAAUUUCCCCUUGUCCGGUUGGGGAGCUAUGAUUUGAACACCCAUGAUGGGCCCGAGGAGCCAGAGGUGUUGAAAACUUGCCAGCGCAUAGUGCAUCACAAGUUUACUGGCAAGCCUGAGGAAGGGAACGACAUCGCCCUUCUGGUGCUGAAUGGAACCAAGUGGCAGCACGCACCCAUCGAAGGCAUGCUUCCUGUUGACCACUGUGUGCCCAACAAGACUAUGAGCUCCCUGGGGUGGUUUGCCACCAGCCGCCAUGGGUCGCCCUCCUACAACCUGGUAGCGAUACCCAAAUUGAAACAUGUGGAGAAAGGAGAGUGUGUCAAGGCGCUGAAGGACAAGGGGGUUCCAAAUGGAACUGUGUGUGCUGUGCCAGAGUUCAGGGCAGUUGCCGAGUGGGAUCUAGGGUCGCCUCUUCUGUGCCAAGACGAACACCUGAUCGGACUGGUGUCCUACGCUCAGCCGCAACCCAACGUGCACGUGCCAUACGUAUACACCCACGUCAGCGAGUACGAAAACUGGAUAAACACAUUGGGGAAGGACGCCAGUACGGUUCGUGACAACCCAGACAGCGAAUACUGUCGGAAAGAUCCCGAAGUGCCGACAGCUGGAGACUCUGCUACAACCAGAGAGGAGCUGUAA